AUGAAAAUCCAAGAAGAACAAACAGCCUUUCUACAGGGUCGGAACAUGUUAGAUAGUAUUGUGGUAACCAAUGAGGUGAUCCAUGAUGCUCGGACCAAAAAGAAGCAAACUUUGCUUUUCAAAGUGGAUUUUGAGAAAGCCUAUGAUUCAGUGAGUUGGAGUUUUCUUUUUAUGCUGAGACGUCUGAAUUUCUGUGAGCAAUGGGUACAAUGGAUAAAGUCUUGCUUGAAAUCCUCUCGGGUUUCCAUCUUGGUGAAUGGGAGCCCCACCUAUGAAUUGGGCAUGGAAAAAGGACUAAGACAAGGAAACCCAAUUGCUCCUUUGCUUUUCCUUGUUGUGGUGGAAGGCUUAAAUGGGCUAGUCAAACAAGUGUUGCGCGUAAGGAAAAUAUUCGGGAUACAGCUUAGGGAAGUCAUAGGAGGUAAUAGUCUCAAUGCUACAAUUUGCAGAUGGCACAUUAUUCUUUAG